AUGCCCAAGUAUCAACAAUUUACGUUCAUAGACACAAGCCGAUUCAGUAAAUGGUUUGAAUUAAUAAGAGUAGCCAUUUUAGCAUGCAGAUUCAUCAAACGCAUAUCUAAAAAUAGAUUCGAGUGGUUAAACCCGAUCUCAGAUGACCACUCAUGUAUAACAAUGAAAGAAGUAGACACAGCUCGACAAAUGCAAGCACAAUUUGAAGGCAUCAACGACAAUGAAAUAACUAAAUAG